CAAGGCCAGUGAUAAGCAGGGCGUUGCUCACGUUCUCAAGGGGAGUUACUCGGAAGCGUCUGCUUUGUAAGCUCCUCGGAAACAGGCCCCGGCAGUUAUUCAAUUACAAUGUCUAAUAACCCCCGUGUUUACUUUGACAUCAAAAUUGGCGAGAAGCCCGCUGGUCGAAUUAUCAUGGAGCUUCGUGCUGAUGUUGUGCCCAAGACAGCAGAAAAUUUCCGAGCUCUUUGCACUGGAGAGAAGGGUUUUGGAUUCAAGGGUUCCAAAUUCCACCGCAUCAUUCCAGACUUUAUGUGCCAAGGAGGUGACUUUACUCAUGGUAAUGGAACAGGAGGCAAGAGCAUUUAUGGAGAAAAGUUUGCUGAUGAGAACUUCAAGCUAAAGCACACUGGAUUUGGUGUCCUUUCGAUGGCAAAUGCUGGCCCCAACACCAAUGGCUCUCAGUUUUUCAUCUGUACAAAUGAAACUACAUGGCUGGAUGGAAAACAUGUUGUGUUUGGCAGCGUUGUAGAAGGUUUGGAGACUGUCAAAAAGAUGGAGGCUGUCGGUUCCCAGAGUGGAAAAACAAGCAAGGACGUCAUCAUUGCUGACUGUGGCACGGUAUAAAGCUCUGUGAUCCCUUUGAUGGUCUUUUUUUCUCUCUUUUUUUGAAAUAAUGUAGUAGAACUCAGCACUAUCACAUUAAAGUUCACUAAGGAUUCUUGCUAACAUUUAAGCAUUUACAUCCUUGCUUAUUGCUCUUGAUGUUAACUGCAAACAAUUUUCUUAUUUUUGUUAUUGUAUUUAGUAAUAGGUUAGACAGAUUCUUUUUUUUAAUUUUAAUAUCUUAAUAUAGUUGCUGUUUAUGUAGGAGGUUAGUACAGGGUCAAAACAUUUCUAAUCCACAAGUUACUAAAUAAGUUUAGGGUUUUUUAUAUAUAAAGGAAAGGGGUUGUUUUUAAAUGUUACUGUCGAGGAAAAACAAUAAGCAAUACUCUUUCCAUAACCUCAUGUACUCUUAAAAUGUUUAUUGCUUUAUUUGGAAAAUAGCUAGGGCCUCUGCUAAACAGGCAUAAUAUGAACUGAAAUUUAUCAGAAGUUAUUGGCUGCUUUUUCUCAUGUUCAGAACUAGCCUUCAAAUUGUUUAAGAACGACCUUAUUCAAUAAUUUUCAUGACGGAAGUAUGAAAUUUUUUUCAGAAACAUUUUUCCUCCUUCACAACCUAUAAACACAACUUUUCCUAAGGUUGUAAAUUUUGAUUUAUAUUUGCGUUAAUAUAUUUGUUUUUGGAAUUUGUUUUUUGUAAUAUUGCUUCUUAUUUUGAAGAUGAUUAAAGUGCCCCAUCAUGUUCACAUAGCUAUAUUACAAGGCAGAGUACAUUUUUUCUCAAAGUAUGUGUAAGCCAUACCUGAAUCUCAAAUAUUUGUUGUAUAUGAAAAAUUUACAUUUGUGUCUAUCAAGAAAGAACAAAUACAACUUUUCCUAAGGUUGUAAGUUUUCAUUUAUGUUUAUGUUAAUACUUUUGUUUUUGUAACAUUCCUUCUUAUUUUGAAGAUAAUUAAAGAGCCCCAGCAUGUUUACAUAUCUAUAUUACAAGGCAGAGUACACGUUUUCUCAAGGCGUGUAUAAGCCAUACCUGAAUCUCAAAUAUUUGUUGAAUAUGAAAAAUUUACAUUUGUGUCUAUCAAAAUAAAACUUUUUUUUUUUUGCCUGCCGGUUGGGGGUUCUUUCUUUGUGUGACAUUUUGAAGCCCAAAAUUGUUUACAAGUGGGAAUUCUAUGCCUGAUCAACAUUAAGCUAAGUACAAACAAAAGGAAAAAAACAGUUCUCUCAAUUCAACACUGUAAAGUGUGUCUGGUUAAUGACACUGGUAUAUUUUCAAAGAUUGCUUCUGUAAUACAGAAAAUAAAUUAUUUUGUAUAUCCUUUGCAACCUCUGUGAUGAUUUUGGUCUGUAUUAUGUGUGCCCUUAAAGUUGACCAUUCCAGCUGUGCUUGAACAAAAACUUCACUCCCAGAUUGUUAAAAAAAAAAUUUAAUUCCUUGAACGACUUAGAUAUGAUUAAAGAUUAUUUACUCAUCAGAAAUUCAUCAUUUAUAAGUUCUAAAUCCAAGAACCAUAGUGUACCAACAUGAGUACUGUAUAAGUCAACUUAUUUCUAUAAAUUACUUCCUUAUGUAGCUGUCCCUUGUACUGAUGCAGUAGCUACUAUAUAAAAUUUUUUGGUUAUUGCUUGUCUUUAAGUGGGAUGGUGAAUAAAGUGAACUAUAGUGAUGUAAAUUUAUGAUUUAGAAACAUUGUGACCUUGCUUUUAAAGGGGUAGCAUUUUUUUCUUAUCUCUAUCGGGAUGACUCAAUAUUUACAAAAACAUUUCAGAAAGAUUACAAGAUGUCUAGAAAGACUAAUAUCUUGUAGGAAUUUUCCCCUCUUGUUUGAUUUUGUGUUCAUUCUUAAACAGUUCUAUAAAAACAGUUAAGCAUUUAAUAAAUUUAAUACACCUUCAGUUUGGAAAAUUUGCAUCUGUAAUAAAAAAAUUUCUGUUUAAAAAA